UGCUGAAGUUACCUGUGUUAGUCAUAGCCACCUGAGGGAGUGUAGGUUGCUGGGUCUCAGCUCUGCUGCAUUGACCUAGCAUUCAGCCUCUGCAGCUCAAUAGCAUGGACGGAGCAGAGCUCUGACUUCUCCGGGAUCGUGUUCCUUUCCAGCCACUCACUGGCAAAGUUUCCAAAAGUUAACGUUUCAGAUCAAAGAUGGAAGAUCGCCCUCGGACCAUCAGCACAACCAGCAGCACUUACACUGUGUCCUUCAGCUCGACGGCCAGGGGCUAUGACAAGGCUUUCCUUAAGACCCUGCCGGGACUCCUCAUGAUCGCAGAGAUUGUACUUGGGCUGUUGGUCUGGAUAUUGAUAGCGAGUACAGAAUAUUUCUCUGUCUCUGCCUUUGGUUGGGUGAUGUUCGUGGCAGUCUUUUACUGGGUGCUCACAGUCUUCUUUUUGAUCUUCUACAUCACCAUGGCUUAUACAAAGAUUCCUCAGGUACCAUGGACCACAGUGAUUGUGGUGUUCAUAGCAUUCCUGUGUAUAAGGUUGUCAGAAUGGACGGACAUCUCGACUUUCCGCUACUUUGAAGUUGUGACCAUCUGGUUUCUUAUUAUGGCUUUAGUCUUUUAUACCAUUUACCUCACAAGACUUCAUUUGAAAAUCACUUGCAUUCACUGGCCACUAACAGAAUUUCUUCACUAUAUUGUUGCUACAAUUCUGCUGUUAAUUGCUGCAAUUGUUGGAGCAACUAAGACUGCUGGCUAUGCUGGAUUGGCAGCUGGGGUGUUCUUCGGCUUUGCUUCGGCAGUUCUGUAUGGUAUUGGUACAUGGCUAUCCUACAAGACAUGGUGUGUCCCUCAACCAGCAACUGUUUCUGUAUAACUGAUCAAUGCCGGAAAUGGAGAAAACAAAGCUCGUUCAUUUUGAAUUCAAAUAAUACUGUUUGACUUUUAAAGUCUGAAGAUUCACUUUGUAAUAAGGAUUUGAUGUUUCAUAUGGUAUAAUUUUUAUUAAGAAUUUAACUAUUUUUAUACAUUUUAAAGACUACCUUUUAAACAAUUGUGCCAAAAAGGUUGACAAAUGGAUUGAAAUCUUUGGAGAAAAGCUUAGAUGGGACAUUUCAUUGUAUUAUAGCUUUACUACCCAGUAUUCACAUCAUGACUUUAGCAUGUUCUUUAAAACAUGUGGAAUUCAAUCAACCUUUACAGCCACAUAGUAUUUAUAAUUUUAAAUAAGUAUGUUGAAAUCCUAGUUUGGGAAUACCAUUUUACUCCUCAUAGUUUUACCAUACUAACCAGUGUUUGCAAUUUUGUUCUGCCUAAGUGACCCUGAAAUGUAUUUCAUGUGUGUUUCUGUUUUGUGCAUUAUAUAUUAGUUGAAAGCACCAGUAUGAAGUGCCUUUACAUAUUUAACUGGUGCAUAUUGUUUGUAUGUAAUAUAUAUAUAUAUAUACAAGUUUAUUUUUUCUGGUCAUCCCCAUCUCACAUUUGUUCACUUCAUGCAACAAAACAAGGGAUGCUAAAGUGUUUGCAAGCCUCAUGCAAAUAAUGACCCUUGAACAAUAUAUAUGAUGGUUAUUACUGCUCGCUGACUUUCACCAGACUGAUGUGGAUUUUUGUAAUGGAUAUUUUAUAUCCUUGUAACUUGGAUUUGUUGAAAAUAUUUAUAAUUAUGGAUUGUGACCAAAUCUAAAAAUCUCAACCAAAGAUACAAAAAUUAAAAAGGAUCUCUUCUGUUGUGCUUGGAAAAGUAGUUAUUUUUUUAAAAGUUGAUUGAAAACAAUAAAGACGUAUUUCAAGAUA